AUGGCAAGACACGAGGACUUAGAACGAGAACUGCAGAGUAGCUACCACCGGCAUGCAAAGGAGCUGAAGGCGGGCCUCAGCGCAGCUGCGGGCCUUGAGAACGAUGUCCUUUUGGCAGCCCUGAAGCGCAGCCCAGCCACUGCUCCGCUGGCUGCAGCUCGCGCACAGGAGCUUCUAGCUGACCUGCUCCCCGCACACUAUGGACACCAGGGGUCGAGGCAUUAUAGUGGGAGGGAUGCUGGCGAGACUGCAGCUACUCAUGAGGAAAUAAGCUUGGUCAGGCAGCAGCUGCGCCAGGCUCAGCAGGCAGCCAGGACUGCCCUGGACAGGCUGGAGGCAGAGUCCCUGCAGCGGCAGCGCGCUGAGGCAAAGUUGUCAGCGGUGCAGCAGAGGGCGGACCAGGCAGCCAGAGAACUCCAGGAGGCGCACAUAGCCCGGCUGGCCGCUGACAACAGGGCAGCAGACUGCCAGAUGCGCCAGAACACUGCCAGCACAUCCACCGCUCAGCAGAUUGCCAAGCUGGAGCAGGCGAGGCAAGGGAGCCAGGCGCAGGCGGAGGAAGCUUCCGGGAAGCUGCGCUCGCUGGAGAGCGCGCAUCAGCAGCACCUGUCCGACUGCUCCGCCCGCCAGGCUGCCACCGCCGAGAGGGAGGCCGCCCUGGAACAGCAGUGCAGACAAGCGCGCAACGACGCCGCUAUCGCCCGGUCUGAGGCGGACACUCACAGGAAGGCGGCCGCGGCGGCGCAUGCGCGGAGUCAGGGGCUGGAAGAAAACUUGUCAGGGGUGAAAGCGCGUCAGGACGCGGCGGCAGGGCACACGCGCGAGCUGGAGCGCCAGCUGGCGCAGGCCGAGGGUGAGCGGAGGGAGGCGCGCGAAAAGUAUGUGUCCGUCAUGCGGCGGCUCGAGGGGCUGCAGGGGCACGAGGAAGCAGCCCGGCUCGGCGUUCAGGAGGCGGUGCGAGAUCUGGAGGCGGUGUCGCGUCAGCGCGAUGAGCUAGCGUCCCGCCUGGCGGAGGCCAAGGCGGCUGGCUGCCGUGCCGGCCGGUGCGCGCAGGCCGCGCGCGAAGAGGUCGAGCGGCUGCGGCGCGAAGCGUGCGAGCACAACACCGCGCUGUGCAAUUUUCGCAGCACCAUCGCCGGCCUCGAAGCCCAGGUGGCGGAGGGCAAGAGGCGGGCGGAGUUGUUGACAGAGGAGCUGGCGAAGCGCAAGGGCGGCCGGGAGGAGAUGCGCGCGGCGCUCGAGAGCGAGGCGGAGGCGGGUCUCAAGCUGCAGCUGCAGCAGAAGGACUUUGAGUGGCGCCAGAAAUAUCAGGAGCUGGAGCUUCGGGUGCGUCACCUGUCCAGCAACGACGUGGUGGCCAACCCCAGCGAUUACAUAACCAAGGCAGAGCAUGCGCGCAUACUCGACUCGCGCCUGGCUUCCAAGGACUACGACGCUGCCGGGGAGAUGUCGCGGCGCGUAGCUGCCAUGGAGCGGGAAGCUGCGCUGCGGCUGGCCGCCCGGGAGGCCGAGCUGCAGACCGCAGCUGCCGCGCAGCUGCGCAAGGUGCAGGAUGACCAUGAGGUUGAGACAAAACGCAAGACAGUUGAAUUAGAGAGGGCAUCAUCCGAGCUGCACCGAUGCCAGAGAGAGGCUGCUGACGCCCAGUCAGAAGCGGAGGCCGCCCGCAAGAGCCUGCAGCGGCUCAAGGAGGACCAUGUGAGGAGCCAGGAGGCGAGGGAGGAAGCCACGGAACAUCUGGAAGAAGUCACGCGGCAGCUGCACCACCUCCAGCACCAGUUGAGCGCAUCGGAGGCUCAGGGGGUGAUGAGGGAACGCACCCACCUGCAGGAAGAGACCGCGCAGCUCAGACGCGAGCUGGCCGACGCACGAUCGGACGCCGUUGACGCCGCCGCGGCGGCCACCGCCGAGCUGCGCGCCGCCAAGAAAAAGCACGAACUUGCGCAGCAGGCGAUGGAGGACACUGUAGAACAGGCAGAGCAUGCAAAGGAGGCGGCACAGCAGCGAGCGCGGGAUGCCGCGCUGGCCGCCAAGUCUACCGAGGCCGACGCAGCAGAGGCAGCCUCUAAGCUCAGGGAAGCGCAUGCAGCCGUGGAUCGCGCCGCAGCCGAUGCCUUGCAGCUGAACGAGCGGCUUGGAGAAUAUAAGAGUGAGAACGGAAGGAUCAAAGAGCAGAUGCGCGAGCAGGCGUCCGCGGCGGAGGCGGCCGUACGCGCGGCCCGGACCGAGAAGGAGCGGCUGCUCGCGCUGCACAAGCGGCGCGUCUCGCGCGUCGCUUCACAGGUGUCAAAGCAGGUGCUGCAGCUGCGCGCGCAGCAGGCGCUGCUGCGGACGGCGUUUGAGGGCGAGCUGCAACGCGCAGCCGCGGAGUGCGCCAACGGCGUCGAGGCUAUGCAGGCGCGCUGGCGCCAGGUGUUGCUGGCGCUGCGGUCGGACGCUGUGGCGGCUGGGCAGGCGCACAAGGACAUGCUGGCAGCCGCCAGGCGCGACGACGCAGAGCGCCACCGGGACGCACUCGCCGAAGCGCGCGCGGCCGCCGCGCAGCACGAGGAAGCUGUGUUGGCGGAGGCGCAGGGCGAGACGAGGGCAGCGCUGGACUCGCUGGCAGCUGCGCAGGCAGAUGCCCGGCAGCUGCAGCAGCAGCUGGGCCUGCUGGUUGGCGGCCUCGGGCCAAUCAUAGCCCUGGACAACAGCCUGCAGCAUGCGCUCACCACCUGCGAAAGCACCGACUCCUUCAACUCCUACCUCCAGCAGCUGCUGCAGCAGGUGAGGGCGUGGGCGGAGGAUCAGGCUGUGCAGAGGGUGCUGGCACCGAUAGAGAGGGCGCUGCCGCCAGUGCAGCAGCCGCGGAGGAGCAGCAUGCGCGCCAGCUUCAUGGCAGCUUCCCCGGACGUCCUUGGCCUCGACAAGGGGCUCGACAGACGCGUCGCCAAGGCCGUGGCUGCCUGCGGCGCAUGCGCCGCUCGCAUCAAAGACCUGGAGGCCGCCGUCAAACAGGGUGAGGAGGGCUUGGAGCAGGCGCGGCUGGAAGGCGGCGAGAAGGCGGUGGAGCUGAGGGAAGCUGCCGUGAAGCCGCUGCGCGCUGAGGUGGCACGCAUGCGCGCGGCCCUGGCCGACCUGCAAUUAGCAUACACCUCCGACAUUGCGCAGAUAAAGGAGGCUGCUGAGGGCCACGUCUCCAGCAUGCGCAGAGAGGCCCAGGACAGCAUCACCCAGCUCCAGUCAGCAGCCGCCAACCUGCAGGCACGCCCUUUAUUCCCCUGUCCCAGCAAUUCAACUCUGUGA